AGUGCACAGUAGUGCACAAGCGGCGCUGAUCCGUUGUUGGUGUGUGAAUGUGUAACAGCUGUAUAGCUGAUCGAGUUCGUUGCGUUUUUGGUACGGCUGUUCUCGUGCGGAGACCAAGCGACCGGAGGCGUCUUCUGUGAGCGAAGGUGGAAGGAUCGUCGCGGACGAAUAGAGCUAACGAGGGAGUGAAGAAGAGAAAGCGUGAUUCCGAAGCGCGGCUGCUAUGCCUCACCCACGAUCGGCACAGGUGUCGUCAAGAUCAGUCACGCUGCUCCGACGAUCGCGGAGAUUCGAGAUGUAGCCCUUCUUCCUCUCCUCCACCCACCUACUCCCGCUGCUCCAGUGCUCCUGCUUCUUGCCCUGCCGAGGAAAAUACACACACACGCACAUACACACUUUAUCUUUCUUUAUUCUCUCUAUCUCUUUCUUCUUCGUAUUGUCAUCGCAAUACCCUGGUCACAUCGAUGCGUCGUCACGCAACGUCGACGAGCUCUCUUGCAACAACGCUCACGGAUCUUAACCACCGCGUCGAGUCAACCGUGACUACGUCGCGCUCCUCAUCGUCAGCCUCAUCGUCAUCGUUCACGUCAUCGCUGUUUCUCACAACAAGUGCCUUCUCUCGACUCCUGUCGUUCGUACCUUCCGGUCGCAGGGGAGGCGGCGUGUACGUUUCACCUGCCCCGACGGUGAACACGACGACGGUCUUACCGAGCGCAUCUUUAUCUAAUCCUGCCCUACCUGUGCAUCUUGAGAGGUGAAUCAACUGGUUAAAACAAAGAUGCAUUGCUGAAAAACAGCGCGAAAAACAAAGAGAGAUUGCAUUCGAGUGGCGAUCCUCGAUACAUAACCUAAAAGGCAAAAUGUCCCAACUAAACAUCAACACUGGUAAGCGAGGGAGAGGAGUCGCAAGUACCUCUGCGUCGUCCGUAUCCGCCAUGAGCAGCUCCACCGAUUUGGCAAGCCUUUUCGAGUGUCCUGUAUGUUUCGACUACGUGCUUCCACCUAUUCUGCAAUGUCAGAGUGGACAUCUAGUUUGCACAAAUUGCAGACCGAAGCUUUCCUGUUGCCCCACAUGCAGGGGUCCAUUGGGUAACAUCCGUAAUUUGGCUAUGGAAAAGGUAGCAAGUAAUGUUAUGUUUCCUUGCAAAUACUCCACUAGUGGUUGUACAGUUUCACUGGUACAUACGGAAAAGGCAGAUCAUGAAGAUGCAUGUGAGUUCCGUCCAUACAGCUGUCCAUGUCCAGGUGCAUCUUGCAAAUGGCAAGGAUCACUGGAGCAAGUGAUGCCACAUCUUAUUAUGAGUCACAAAAGCAUUACAACUUUACAAGGUGAAGACAUAGUUUUUUUGGCAACUGAUAUUAACCUCCCUGGAGCUGUGGAUUGGGUCAUGAUGCAAUCUUGUUUUGGUCACCACUUCAUGUUGGUGCUUGAGAAACAGGAAAAAUAUGAUGGGCAUCAACAAUUUUUCGCAAUUGUACAAUUGAUUGGCUCCAGAAAGCAAGCAGAGAACUUUGCUUACAGACUAGAAUUAAAUGGACACAGAAGACGUCUCACAUGGGAAGCAAUGCCUCGUUCUAUUCAUGAGGGUGUAUCGUCCGCGAUUUUAAAUUCUGACUGCCUUGUAUUUGACACCUCAAUAGCACAGCUGUUUGCUGACAAUGGAAACUUAGGAAUUAACGUUACGAUUUCUAUGGCCUGAGGAAAGCCAGAAAAAGCAGUGUAAAAAGAAGAAAUAACAUCGGACAUACCGAGCAGUCCUGGGAUGAUUGGUGCGGUAAAGUAUUCGAAUGGGACUGCUCGCUAUGUGCAUCGAGGACAGUUCUUUUUAUGUUACCAAAUGGAUAUUAGCAAUACAGAGACAUUAGGGAAUGUUGUUUCGAGUAUAUUGACGAUAUGCAGCAUGUGGAUGCUCAGUAUAGGACUGUCGUUGAAAAGCUUUAAAGUAUACUUGGAUGUGAUUGAUAUAUCACGAAGAUAAAUAUAAUAAACAUCUUUUCGAUAUAUCCAUGCUGUGACUUUGGAGCUUUGAUGCUGAGCACGAUAUCGUUUUCCGAGAAAAAGAAAGUACCUGAUAUCCGCGCUAUUGUCAUAUUACUCUUACUCAUUUCACAUCGAGCUUUCAUUCAUAUCUCUCUGGGAAGAUACAACAUAUUGGAUUCUACUGACAUCUUUGUACUUUUAAUACUUUUCUGGACUUAGUACGGCGAAUAUUACGAAGCAAACUUCAAGUUUGCUAUGAAUAUUGUCUGUGCUAUGAAUGUAACUAGUGUAUCUAAUUU